AUGGUCAACUCUUGUGGCUCUGUCUGCUCUGACCAGGGCUGUGGCCAAGGCUGCUCUCAGGAGACCUGCUGCCGCCCCAGCUGCUGCCAGACCACCUGCUGCCGCCCCUGCUGUGGUUCCUGCUGCUGCCGCCCCUGCUGUGGUUCUUGCUGCUGCCGCCCCUGCUGUGUGUCCAGCUGCUGCCGCCCCAGCUGUGGUUCCUGCUGCUGCCGCCCCUGCUGUGUGUCCAGCUGCUGCCGCCCCAGCUGUGGUUCCUGCUGCUGCCGCCCCUGCUGUGUGUCCAGCUGCUGCCGCCCCAGCUGUGGUUCCUGCUGCUGCCGCCCCUGCUGUGUGUCCAGCUGCUGCCGUCCCAGCUGUGGUUCCUGCUGCUGCCGCCCCAGCUGUGGUUCCUGCUGCUGCCGCCCCUCUUGUUGCAUCUCCAGCUGCUGCCGCCCUUCUUGCUGUGGAUCCAGCUGCUGUGGCUCUAGCUGCUGCCGCCCCUGCUGCUGCCCCUGCUGCUGCCUCCGCCCAGUCUGUGGCCAGAUCUCCUGCCACACCACUUGCUAUCGCCCCACCUGUGUCAUCUCCACCUGCCCCCGCCCCAUGUGCUGUGCCAUCCCUUGCUGCUGA